GCCUGUCCACUUGUUGAAACCAAAACGAUCAACAGCAAGCUUUCUUACUCAACUCGAACUCGAACCAUUUCAAUCGUGACCUCUGGUUUCCUCUGAUGCUCAUAUCUCUGAGACCCAAAUCCAUCACCAGCCUUCCACACCUUUCUGCCGCUUCACCUCUCAAAUGGGUCUCCACAGCCACCACCCAAAACCCAGAGGACCAUCUGCGUCUCUUCUUCAAAUCGAGGACGAACCAAACCCACAUCGACUACGAGCGCCAAUUGGUCUCUGUUCUAAAAUCUUGCGCAACCCUUUCGGCCCUCUUGCAAGGCCAGCAACUCCAUUCCCUUGUUCUCAAGUCCGGUCUCGACUCCAACACUUUCAUCAACAACAGUUUGAUUAGCAUGUACGCCAAAUGCGGCUCCAUUUCCUGCGCCGAAUCGUUGUUCGGCUCUUGCUCUGAGCCGGACCCGGUUUCCUGUAACAUUAUGGUUGCUGGGUAUGUGAAAUCUGGUGACUUGGACAAUGCCCGCCAGGUGUUUGAUAAAAUGCCUGAGAGAGGUUGUGUCUCGUAUACUACUAUGAUAAUGGGUCUUUCUAGAAAUGGGUUUUGGAGGGAAGCUGUUGCCGUUUUUAGGGAUAUGAGGAAUGCCGGUGUGUUGCCGAAUGAGCUGACAAUGGGGACUGUGAUCUCGACGUUUUCGCAUUUGGGUGGGAUUUGGAACUGUAGAAUGCUUCAUGGUUUGGUGGUUAAGUUGCAGCUUGAUGGAAUGGUGCUUGUUUCGACGAAUUUGGUGAAGGUGUAUUGUGCUUGUAAGAGUGUGUGGGAAGCGAGAAGUUUGUUUGAUGAGAUGCCCGAAAGGAAUAUAGUUUCGUGGAAUGUCAUGUUAAAUGGGUACUCUAAGGCUGGACUCGUGCAUUUGGCCAGAGAGUUGUUUGAGAGGAUUGAUAUGAAAGACGUGGUUUCGUGGGGUACAAUGAUUGAUGGGUAUGUGCAAGUGGAGUGCUUGAAUGAAGCUUUGAUGAUGUAUCGUGCAAUGCUGCGUGCCGGGUUGGGACCGAAUGAUGUUAUGCUUGUUGACUUAAUUUCAGUGUGUGGGAGGUUGGAGGCGAUUCGUGAAGGUCGGCAGUUUCAUGGGAGAAUUGUCAAGGAGGGUUUUGACUGUUAUGAUUUCAUACAGGCAACGAUCAUAAAUUUUUAUGCAGGUUGUGGGGAAAUGAUUGCUGCUCGUCUUCAGUUUGAAAAGGGCAUCAAGGAGCAUGUAGCAUCUUGGAAUGCUCUCAUUGCAGGGUACAUAAGAAAUCAAAUGAUUGACCAAGCAAGUCUAUUGUUUGAUGAGAUGCCUGAAAGGGAUGUUUUUUCAUGGAGUUCCAUGAUUUCUGGUUACACACAGACUGAGCAAUCUAAAUUGGCUCUGGAACUUUUCCAAAGAAUGGUAUCUAGUGGGAUACAACCAAAUGAAAUAACAAUGGUAAGCGUUUUGUCUGCAAUCACUGAUUUAGGCACAUUGAAAGAAGGAAUAUGGGCUCAUGAAUACAUAUGUGAAAAUUCUAUUCCUCUGAAUGACAAUUUGAGUGCAGCUAUCAUUGAUAUGUAUGCCAAAUGUGGGAGUAUCAAUACUGCCUUAAAGGUGUUCUAUCAAAUCCAAGACAAAACCUCUUCUGUCUCACCAUGGAAUGCCAUUAUAUGUGGGUUGGCGCUGCACGGACAUGCAGCAAUGUCUCUUGAAAUAUUUUCAGACUUGCAAAGGCGUGAUAUCAAACUCAAUUCAAUAACAUUCAUCGGAGUCCUAAGUGCUUGUUGCCAUUCUGGUUUGGUGGAGGCCGGGGAGAGGUAUUUUAAGAGCAUGAAGAAUGUAUACCACAUUCAACCAAACAUCAAGCAUUAUGGUUGUAUGGUGGAUCUCCUGGGUAGAGCUGGCCGAGUAGAAGAUGCUGAGAAAAUGAUAAGAAGCAUGCCCAUGAAGGCUGAUGUUGUGAUAUGGGGCACAUUAUUGGCCGCAUGUACAACACAUGGGAAUCUAGAAAUAGGAGAAAUGGCUGAAAAGAAUCUGAAACUGUUGGAUCCAUCUCAUGGGGCAAGUACAGUUCUCAUGUCCAACCUACUUGCAGAUGCAGGGAAGUGGGAGGAAGCCUCUUUGGAAAGGCGAGUAAUGCAGAGCCUAAGACUAACGAGAUCACCAGGGCACAGUGAUGUUGUUUGGUAAGGGUAACUUAAAUAUUGAGAUUGGUUUCUAAGAAUCCUCCUAGGAUAUAUGCUUAAGCUGGCAAGAAAAACCAACUUCUGUGGAUGGAAGGAACCGAAUUUUUCAUCCUGUCAGAUUACCUCCGAAGUCUAAGACAAGAUAUAUUCCAAGGUAGGUGAUCGAUUUAGCAACUCUUCAGCACAUCAGGGAAGGUUGCUUAACUUUGGUCCAGAGAUCACCAGUUGCAAAUGGCUUGAAUUUCUCUGUUUUCCUCUUUCAAGCUCCGUUGAAGGAAGCUGACCAGGGACAAGAGAGAUGGAAAGAGUUCAAUAAAUUGAUGUUGUCAGUGAGCCUCUAAACAUUGACAAGCAUAUGAAUAUUCCUAUGUGGGUGGUUGGGGGUGGGGGGGGGGGGGGGGAGAGUACUGCAAAGUUGUUUUGGCCGAUAGCUAUUCCAAGAACUAAUCCAUGAAUUUGUUGGAUACCUAUUUCCUUGUGUGGUUGCUUCCCUGAUUCCAAUUGUUCGUGGGGGUUGGACUGGCAUCGGUCACUGAGACCUCGUUUAACUGAUUCUGGAGGGCUAUGGCUUUUUUCUUCUGCACUGGAGUGCUCCAUCACAUUUGAUUCCGGGAAGAAUAAGAGAGCCUGGGAGCAGUUAUUAGAAUUGAGAUGGGUGCUUUUGCAACACCAGUUAUAAGGUCCUUUUCUCCUUUGACAACAGAGUUUGAUCGUGAAAGCAGGUAUUCGAUUAGCUCUUGAAGCUGGAAUUCUCCCCCUUGAAGUAGAGCCUGAUAGUAUGAAGGCUGGUAGCUUGGUAACCUCUAACGACUUGUGUUGGGAGAAGAAAGGGGUAAUAGUGGAGGAUAUUAAAUGCUGUUGAACUGUGGUGCACGGUGCACCCAAGGUCUGCUUCUAACCGAGGGAAUGCAACAAAGUAUUUUAAGGAAUGUAUUGAUUUCUUUUGUAUUGAAAUUGGGUGGAAAGUAUUUCAACAAAGUUUGAGUUGCUUUAAAUUCUACCGUUAGAUGUAGAUCUAAGAGUGGUUGAGCAUACUGCUGAGUAGGGGACACCACUGCUUACUGCUUCAGGAUUUAUGGUCUUCCUCAAGAGCUAUUGAGCAAAUGCAUGUUAGAUCACAGGAGCGAGCAGAGAAGAGAAGGAUCGCUCACAGAGUAUGGGGACUUUGGGGAGAAUUUGGAGUGAUGAAGUACAAAGGUCCUCAAGUUCUAGAGCUUCCUAGAAGCCUUAGAAUGUGACACUAGUAAAGCUAAAAUCCCCAUUUACUCCUUGCUGACUAAAUUUCAUGAAAUACUGUAAUUCAACGAUAAAUUUAAAUAUUAGUUAAAUUUGUUAUAACCUUUAGCUUCGGAUUGUCUAUCAGUUGUAGCAAACUAGCAACUAUCAAGUUCCCUUACCUUUUACAAUGGCAUUGCCUGAUGCUUCAGGAGAUAUCU